AUGGUGUCAGGUAUUAUUCCUGUAUGCUAUUCUAAAGCUAGAGUUUUGUUAGACCCUAGAGCUACCCAUUCCUUUGUAUCGCCUAAUUUUGUUUUAAGAUUGGAUGUCCAACUGGUUAGACUUCAGGUUCCGAUUUCAGUCACUACGCCUUUAAGUGACGCCUUAAAGAUCGAUGUUGUGUUUCCAUCGUGUUCAGUGCUAGUUGAGGGUCAGGAUUUAGUUGCCAAUUUAAUUAUGUUGGACAUAAUGGAUUUCGAUGUAAUUUUGGGAAUGGAUUGGGAUACCUCGGCAGAAAGAGGUAGUGUUGAGGACGUUCAGGUGGUCUAUGAGUUUCCCGAUGUAUUUCUAGAAGAGCUCCAGGAUAUAGAGUUCUGCAUCGACCAUGUACUGGGCAAGACACCUAUUUCUUUGCCGCCCUACCGAAUGGUAUCAGACGGGUUAAAGAAGUUGAAGGAGUAG